AUGAGACCACAUUUUUCUAUGUACAUAGUUUUACCCGAGGAACGUGAUGGGAUCGGUGCACUUAUUGAAAAGGUGAGUUCUGAUCCUGCCUUUCUGGAUCAAUAUCUACCAGAUGGUGCGGUUCCAACAAGACACUUUAAGGUUCCCAAGUUCAAAAUUUGUUUUGAUUUUGAAGCAAAAAGAAUUCUAAAGAAAGUAGGACUAGUUAUGCCCUUUGAUCACAAAAAGGCAGAUCUGACUGAGAUGUUGUAUACUAAAGAUUCCAAAGCAGAGCUAACUGAGACUGAUGACUCAAAGGCAGAGCUGACUGAGAUAUUGAAUAGUCAGAGUAAGCUUCAUGUUUCAGAGGUUUAUCACAAGUGUUUCAUUGAAGUUGAUGAAGAAGGAACUCGAGCUUCUGCUACUACUGGUGUAGUGACUAGAUCGGUAGUUUCCAAGGGUCCUCCUCGUGCACCUCCUCCUCCUGUUGAUUUUGUGGCAGAUUAUCCUUUCAUGUUCGUUGUAAAAGAGGAGCAAACUGGUGCAGUCUUGUUCAUGGGGCAUGUCCUUAAUCCUUUUUCAAACUAG